GAGCAGCCUGUGAGGAUGGGAGAGCAGAGGAUCGAGGCUCUGCUCUCAUUUUCCUCCCUGAGUCUCUCAUUUCCACUCUGGAGCAGCCGAGGGACCCUCAGGGUCGAAGGUUUCACCCUGUCUGCUCCUUCUGACAGCACCUCCCGACCCCCCCAGCCCUCAUGGAGGGGCUCCCAGCCCAGCACUGAAGGCAGCCCAGGGACACAGGCAGCAAGAUUUCAGCAGUGUUGAUGAACCGAUUACUGGGGCUCGCAGUUGGUGGACACAUGAUGGUCACUUCCCUCUCUUGUUCCUGUACGCUGUGAUUUGCUCAUGUCUAUAAGAAGGAAGGAUGGCUCAUGGUAUUCCCUCACAAGGCAAAGUGACAGUAACGGUGGACGAAUAUAGUUCCAAUCCCACCCAGGCAUUCACACACUAUAACAUCAACCAAAGCCGAUUCCAACCUCCGCAUGUCCACAUGGUAGACCCCAUCCCUUAUGACACUCCCAAACCAGCCGGCCACACGCGUUUUGUCUGCGUCUCUGACACACACUCCAGGACAGAUGGUAUCCAGAUGCCAUACGGGGACAUCCUUCUGCACACAGGCGAUUUCACAGAACUGGGACUGCCUUCCGAGGUUAAGAAGUUUAAUGACUGGUUAGGAACCUUACCCUACGAAUUUAAAAUCGUGAUUGCUGGGAAUCAUGAACUUACUUUUGAUAAGGAAUUCAUGGCCGAUCUUGUUAAACAGGAUUACUACCGCUUUCCCUCAGUUUCCAAAUUGAAACCCGAAGACUUUGAUAACGUGCAAUCGCUCAUCACUAACAGUAUUUACUUGCAAGAUUCAGAAGUGACUGUGAAAGGAUUCCGAAUAUACGGCGCACCAUGGACACCAUGGUUUAAUGGAUGGGGAUUUAAUCUUCCUCGAGGCCAGUCUCUACUUGACAAGUGGAACCUUAUCCCGGAGGGCAUCGACAUCCUAAUGACUCAUGGACCUCCCCUCGGUUUCCGGGACUGGGUCCCUAAGGAGUUACAGAGGGUCGGGUGUGUAGAGCUUCUCAACACCGUGCAAAGGAGGGUCAGGCCUAAGUUGCAUGUAUUUGGUGGAAUCCAUGAAGGUUACGGGAUUAUGACUGAUGGUUACACAACGUACGUCAAUGCCUCAACGUGUACAGUCAGCUUUCAACCAACCAACCCUCCCAUUAUUUUUGACCUUCCUAAUCCCCAGGGAUCAUGAAGACCCUUUUGCACAUCAGAAAAAAAUGGGUCUAUAAACUGCUAAAACUGCAUUUUUUUCCCCCUUUUUAAUAAUAUCCACGCCUCUGUUGGUCUUUGUAACUAUUUAAAGUUCCUUUUCUCAUCUUCUUUUGGGUUUUGGUACAAGUUUUUUUUUUUUCUACUUUUAAUUUAUCAGUUUUUAUUGUAUCCUCAGACCGCUGUUGUAAAUUGUACAUAUCCCAGGAGGGUCCCCAAACUAUACAUUACAUUAAUAAAAAG